AUGGCUCCAUAUGAGUUGAAGGGAUUAAAGGAGCAAUUGCAGGAUUUGCUUGAUAAGGGAUUUAUUAGACCGAGUAUUUCUCUUUGGGGUGCGCCAAUAUUGUUUGUGAAGAAGAAGCACGGUUCCAAGAGGAUGUGCAUUGAUUAUAGCCAACUGAAUAAGGUUAAUAUCAAGAAUAAAGAGGAGCAUGAGCAGCACUUGCGGAUUGUGCUUCAGACUUUGAGGGAUCAUCAGCUUUAUGACAAGUUUUUGAAAUGUUCGAGGCCUUAUACCAUGUAUUGUGACAUUUUGUGUAUUGGACUUGGCGCGGUAUUAAUGCAGGAUAGUAUGGAGAUUGCUUGUGUGUCUCGUCAGUUGAAGACUCAUGAGAUGAAUUAUCCAGUUCAUGAUUUGGAGUUAGCAGCAAUUGUGCACGUGCUCAAUAUUUGGAGGCACAACAUGUAUGGUGUGUCAUGCGAGGCUUAUACUGAUCACCAUAUUCUUUAG